CAUGUGAGCGGUUGCACAGGUGCCCAGAAUCGGUUUCCCGCACGCCAUUGUGGAAAAUAGUUACUUUCACAUUACUGAGUCCUCACUCUGAGCUUGCUUCCCCAGCCCAGUUAUCCUCAGUGAGAUAUCAAGAGAAGAAACUGUCCCACAAUGGCUACGGACUCCUGGGCCCAGGCGGUAGACGAGCAGGAAGCCGCGGCGGAAUCGAUCGGCAGCCUUCAAAUAAAAGAGAAACCAGAGGAAAACGGCACGACUGCAAACGCAACAGACUCCAGCAGUGCGGCAGCAAAGACAGAAGCUGAGGGAGAAAACAAGACUGCAGAUGACGAUGACAAAGAGGACAAAGCGGCACAGUCGUUGUUAAACAAGCUGAUACGAAAUAAUCUGGUCAAUAACACCAAUCAAGUAGAAGUUCUUCAGAAGGAUCCCAACUCUCCGCUCUACUCUGUCAAGUCCUUUGAGGAGUUGCGACUCAAACCACAGCUGCUUCAGGGCGUGUACGGCAUGGGUUUCAACCGGCCAUCCAAAAUCCAGGAGACUGCCUUACCUAUGAUGCUGGCCGAACCUCCACAAAAUCUGAUUGCCCAGUCGCAGUCGGGAACAGGGAAAACAGCUGCCUUCGUCCUGGCCAUGCUCAGUCAUGUAGAUCCCAACAACAAAUAUCCGCAGUGCCUGUGUGUGUCACCCACAUAUGAACUGGCACUUCAGACUGGCAAGGUAAUCGAGCAGAUGGGCAAACACUAUCCUGAGGUCAGACUAGUCUACGCCAUCAGAGGAAAUAAAUUGCAGCGGGGCAUGAAGCUGCAGGAACAGAUAGUUAUUGGGACACCUGGCACCAUGCUGGACUGGUGCGGGAAGUUCAAGUUCAUAGACCCCAAGAAGAUCAAGGUGUUUGUGCUGGACGAGGCCGACGUCAUGAUCGCCACACAGGGUCACCAGGACCAGAGCAUCCGAAUUCAGAGGAUGCUGCCCAAAAACUGCCAGAUGUUGCUGUUCUCCGCCACAUUUGAAGAGUCAGUGUGGAACUUCGCCCAGCGCAUCGUGCCUGACCCCAACAUCAUCAAGUUGAAGAGAGAGGAGGAGACACUGGAUACCAUCAAACAGUACUACGUGUUGUGCAACAGCAGGGAGGAGAAGUUCCAGGCCCUCUGUAACAUUUAUGGUGCCAUCACCAUCGCCCAGGCCAUGAUCUUCUGCCAUACAAGGAAGACUGCAGGCUGGCUGGCAGGGGAGCUGUCCAGAGAAGGCCACCAGGUGGCGCUGCUCAGUGGGGAGAUGCAGGUGGAGCAGAGGGCUGCUGUCAUCGACCGCUUCAGAGAUGGCAAGGAGAAGGUCUUGGUCACCACAAAUGUUUGCGCUCGAGGUAUUGAUGUCGAGCAGGUUUCUGUGGUGAUCAACUUCGACUUGCCAGUAGACAAGGAUGGUAACCCAGACAACGAGACAUACCUGCACAGGAUUGGCCGCACGGGUCGAUUUGGCAAAAGGGGACUGGCCAUCAACAUGGUGGACAGCAGGAUGAGCAUGAACAUCCUCAACAGGAUCCAGGAGCAUUUCAGUAAGAAAAUUGAAAAACUAGACACAGAUGAUCUGGAUGAAAUUGAGAAAAUCGCCAGCUAAAGAGAGCAUUGUUUAUCGCAUGAAGGACGCUGACCUGACUUCCCCUCCCCUCUUCACUCUCCAAGGACUGUACCCUCCUACAGUGUUUUAUGCUUUUAUUUUUUUAGCCGUCGGAGAAAAGAGCAAAACCACAAACACAGCAUAUGUUUACACGUGGAUAUGUCUCCUCUCAGACGAGUGUUUUGUAAGUCUCUGGAACAUACCCCAUUUCACUCUUUGUACCUCUUUGAAUAAAGUCUAUGAGUUUUAUUGCUGUGUAUCAUGAAGCUGCAAAAGCAGCCAUAGUGGACUCUUGUUUUACUGAACACAUGGAUUUUAAAAAACACUUUUUGGUGUUUGCUGUAGUGGUGGCAUGAUACAAGCUCACCUGUAAAGAGAUUAACGAAAAACCCUAAUAGAUAAAUAACCAUUUUAUGUGCCACAAAGUUUUUUUAAUUUUAAAAGGAACAAAGUACAAUUGAAUGUAACUGUAUCAUGUAGACUAUUACAGCAUUUUUUGUGCUAUGUAUCGACCAAAAGUACAAAGGGUGAAGUUGGGUAUGCUGCUCCGAGCUGUAGUUUAAUCAUUAAGAUUAUGAUAUUGAGAUGGUGAUGGUUGGGUUUCAAGGGUCUAUGCAAACUUAUCAACCUGUGAUAGCUAUUAUCAAAUACUAUCAACCUGUAUUCACAUGACAGAAAUUAAUCCUGAAUUAACCUCAGCUUUAGCAUCAGGGUGUGUAGUCAAAUGCCAAAAAAGGCUGCCUAGAGUGAUAAUACACUACUAACUCAUUUAGAUAUUUCUGUUUAGCCAGUAAUCAAUCAUCAGCCAACUACACAUCUCACACGUUAUUUAUAUCAUUAAAAAAAAAAAAAAAA